UACUUGGUUUUUGCCGGUGUUUGGUUUGUAACACAAGUCGUCAAACAACUCGCGAUGCCAAAUUCAACCUCACGUGACGAAAAGUUUGUUACUGAGGCUCGAAGAAUCUUUAUGUUGCUUAAUAAUUCUAUUGCAAGACUUGAUGAAAAUCGAACAAGUUCUUCAAAUCUACCAUACCAAUUUUGCUGGAAUUUGUCAACGCUAUGCAAUUAUCCAACGAACUGA